AUGGUCUUCCCCCUUGUGAAUGGGCCACCCCAGGCCGCACUACGUACACUAUCGAAUGCAGAUGGCUCAGCAACAUACACUGAACCUGGGAGCACUUACAAAAUUAUAGCCGGUGUCAACUAUCCGGUGGAAGUGCCCUACAGAAGCGAUGAGAUUCCGGAGUCUACUUUCAUCGAUGUAAAUCUUCGACCCCAUAACGGCGUGGGCAUGGUCAAAGAACGCCAUGUCGAAGAGCUCGUGAAGCGAACGCUACAGUGCAUAGUCCUGGGUGAUGAGACGCCGAGAACUAUGCUGCAAGCCACCCUUCAGGUUGUGGGUGUUCAGAGUGACGAGUCUUUGCCGGGCGGAAUCAAGGGAGGUGGCCAAGGCGAGUCGUAUCUCGAUAUCUUACCAUCUGCGAUCAAUGCUGCAAUUCUUGGUUGUGUCGAUGCAGGAGUACAGAUGAGAACCACCGUUGGAGCAGUACUCAUUGGGAUCGAUCGGGACGGUCAGUUGAUUGUCCACCCGAAUGUAACGCAGAGAAAGACAAGUACCAGCCUCCACGUUUUUGCCUUCACCAGUGACGGCCAAGUGGUGCUCAUGGAGAGCGAGGGCAACUUCAAAACGGGGGAUUGGAAACGCGCAGAAGAGGUUGCCAGGUCAGCGGUUCUGGGAACUUCGGAUAUCAACAAAUCCAAUAAUAUCAACAAACAAAACGGAGAUGUUUCCAUGGACGGCGGUGCAACCAGUAAGAGCUCGGUUGUCUCUGUGCUGGAUGUGAUCAGAAAAACUCUAGAAGAGAGAGUGAUUAAGGAUGGAAGAUGGCAACAGGACUGA